AUAGUAAAUAUAUAAUUCAAAAUAUUAUUAUAAUUAUAAAAAUGGACAAAAAACGCUAAUUAACUCAAUUUUUAAGAGGCAAAAAUGAGUUUUAGAAAUAAAAUACAGUUCUAUGAUAAAUAAUUAUAAAACAAUUCUUGUGAAAUCAAGAGAAUAAAAUAUAUUUUGACAAGCCCCUUUAUUGUCAGUUAAUAGUUUAAAAUUUCCAGUUAAUUUAAAUCUAUUUUAAUGAAAUCUAACACUUUAAAAUUCCGUGACUUAGAUAAUAUCGUAGAUAUUUACGCACUGAAUCUUCGAGACAACGAAAAUGUGUUUGGUUUACAAGCUAAAGAAUCUAACCGAUUGAUAUCAAAAACGCUCAGGAUUCAAGAAAAAUUAAGGCUCUUACAAGAAAAGAUAGAGAAUUUAAACAGUUUUCAAAAACAAACCGAUUUAAUAUUGCACCAAGUAAAAUGUAAUCUUUGUUGUAUCGAGGAUAUGAUUGGUAAUGCUGAAGCACAAUGCCCUAAAAUGGAAUGUUGUAAACGGAUGAAAAACGCUCUUACUGAUUUAUAUAGACAGGACACGUAUAAGUUAGUAGAAAAUACUGAGGUGACUAUAACAAAUUUACAGCAAGGUUUGGAUCAGAUUUCAUACCAAAUUCAACAAAAUUCUGUAGCGAGUCCUGGUAUAGAAAAAAUAGCUGAAAUUUUACAAGUUCAUUUACAAAACUUGGAAGAAAUUGAACAGAAUACUGAACAAGUCAAAGCCAAAUUGAAUGAGGUGGAAUAUUGGAAGAACUUUUGUUUACAUUUGUACAAGUUAAAAGAAAUAAAACCUUGGGAAUAAGAAAAUUGUAGAUAAGCUAUUUACGUCUUAUAAAUACU